UACAGCUGUUGAUCUGUAUUGUACAGUACUCCAAACCAGCGACCUAAUAUACCCUAUCCUUUGACACUGUCCACCUCUUGCCUAACACCCAGGGCUGCACUCGGCAUCCUCACUGCCCACAGACGGUGGCCGACAAGAUGGCACCUCAGCAAGUCAGCAACCACACCGUCUACCUCUUGCCGCUCAAGGAUGACGGCUCUCCCGACCUGCCCGGCGACCCGCCUUAUGUCUACCUCUCUCCUCCCACAGUUCCGGCCUACAGCGUCCGCUUCCAGAUCGAGGGCACGAGCUCGAUAUGCCGGCAGGGCAGUCUGUGGGUGAACAUUCCGGCAAAGGGAGAGCACUUUGAUCGGCAGAAGUUCAGGGAGUUCAAGUUGACGCCCAACUUCAACGACUCGAUCAAAAUUGACGUUCCCAUCCACUAUGCCGGUGCCUUCUCCUUCUACUGCACUUACACUCCCUUGCCGCCUUUCACGACUGGCAAGGUGGAAGCGCCAAAGCCUACCAAGACGCCGAAUUUCUACAUCGAUGUCUCGCCCGCCUUGCACGUCCAAAAGCAGCGCAUACCCCUCGACGCGAUCUCCAUGAUCUCUGUCUUGUCCAAGUUCAUGGGCAAAUACCCCGAUGACUGGGACCGCCAUCUUCACGGCAUCAGCGAGCGAGGCUACAACAUGGUGCACUUCACGCCGCUCAUGAUUCGUGGUGACAGCAACUCGCCGUAUUCAAUCUACGAUCAGCACACCUUCGACAAGGCCGUCUUUCCGCGCGGCGAGAAAGAUAUCGAAGAGCUUGUCACGAAGAUGAACGAAGAGUACGGCUUGCUAGGUCUUACGGAUGUUGUCUGGAAUCACACGGCCAACAACAGCAAGUGGCUCGAACAGCACCCCGAAUCAGGUUACAACAUCAACACCGCACCGCAUCUACGUCCAGCGUACGAACUCGACAGCUCUUUACUCAAGUUCUCAUCGAACUUGAAGAACCUUGGCCUACCGACCCAUCUCAGCAACGAGGGUGACCUGUUGCGCAUCAUGGAGGCUGUCAAGGUUCACUGCAUCGGUGCCAUCAAGUUGUGGGAGUUUUAUAUUUGCGAUGUCGAGCAUAGCGCCCAGACCGCUGUCUCUGCGUGGAUGGAGAAUAAGGCUGACCUGGACUGCCCUCUCGAAGACGAUGUGCAAUCGUGGCCACUAAAGCAAAAGGCCGACUGGCUGCGUGAACAUGCCUGUCCUGGCAAAGAUCGUAUGGGCGAGCGUUUCCGUCGGAACACCGUUCCCGAGCGCGCUGCUGCUUUGCUGCAGAAGCUCUUCGGUAGGUACAACUCGAAGGUCAACAGCGCCGGCGAUGAGCGAACCGCCUUCGGCACCAUGCACCGCUUUUUGAAUGAGCUGAACCUGGACUGGUACCGCGAGUACGACAAUGACGUUGCGGCCAUCAUGGAACAAGUCUUCAAUCGCACGAAGUACAUGCGCCUUGACCCUCACGGACCGCAAGUCGGCGAUAUCACCAUUGAGAACCCGCUCAUUGAGUCGUACUUUACUCGUCUGCCGGUCAAUGACACCACAAGCGGGCAUGAUCCUGACUCAUUGGCUCUUGCGAACAACGGUUGGGUCUGGGCGGCGGACGUCAUGCGUGACAAUGCUGGUCCUAAGUCUAAGGUCUACCUCCGCCGAGAGCUCAUCGUCUGGGGCGACUGUGUCAAGCUCCGCUACGGCAGUGGUCCCGAUGACAGCCCGUUCCUCUGGAAGUACAUGACCGAGUACACGCAGCUGAUGGCCAAGCACUUCUACGGCUUCCGCAUUGACAACUGUCACUCGACGCCUCUCCACGUCGCCGAGCACAUGCUGGACGCCGCAAGACAAGUGCAGCCAAACCUCGUUAUUGCUGCGGAGCUGUUCUCUGGUGACGAGAAAAUGGACUUCCUGUACUGUCAGCGACUUGGCAUCAGUUUCCUGAUCAGAGAGGCGAUGCAAUGCUGGUCUACUGCGGAGAUGAGCCGGCUAGUACACAUCAACUGUGGGCGGCCUAUUGGGUCGUUCGAGGUUGAUGACGUCUCCGGCGCAGACCCCAAGACGCAGGCGAACGGUAACCUGACCAACGGCGUGCCUCAAGGUCGAGAAGUCAUCCACAAGGUUGUGCCGUCGAAGAUUCACGCUCUGCUCAUGGACUGCACGCACGACAACGAGACGCCUGUGCAGCGGAGGGACGGCCGGGACACGCUGCCUAACGCUGCUCUGGUCGCCAUGUGCGCUUCAGCGUCUGGAUCCAACUUCGGCUACGAUGAACUGUAUCCGCAGCUCAUUGAGCUUGUGCACGAAACGCGUCCUUACAGCUCACCUUACAGCAAUCUCAAGCCGGACGAGAGCUUGCGCAUUGGACCAGGUGACGGCGCAGGUACUGUCAAGCGUCUAAUGAACCAGCUGCACAGGAUCAUGGGUAUGGACAACUACGAUGAGUGCUUCGUACACCACGAGGGCGAGUACAUCACCGUCCAUCGCAUCCAUGCCAAGUCGCGGAAGGGCUACUACUUGAUCGCGCAUACCGCGUUCCCGGGCUACGGCAAUGGUAACGCUGGCUUCCCGCCGCAAAAGCUCAGUGGCACCAAGGCCAAGCUGCUCGGAGCGUGGAACCUGGAGUGCGACCAGAGCUCGGAAGCAAAGCAGGCUGCCAUCAACGACAAGGUCCUGCGCGGUAUUCCCAGCAAGACCAAGGAUCUGAAAGGCGUGCAGUGUGAGUCUCGCGGUGAGGAUACUGUCAUCACCGUUGGCGACAAGUUCCCACCAGGUUCCAUUGCGGUCUUUGAGACAUGGAUUCCGGGCGCCGAGCACAGCGAAGGCUUGGACAAGUACGUUACCACCGGAGCACGCGAUGCGUUCAAGAACGUCAGCUUGACAGAUUUAAAUGCGAUCCUAUACCGUGCCGACUCCGAAGAGCGUGCGAACAGUGGAGGCGCGGACGGUGUCUACACCAUCCCGAACCACGGUGCGCUCGUAUAUUGUGGCUUGCAAGGCUGGUGGUCAGUUCUACGCGAUAUCAUCGCCCACAACGACCUCGGUCACCCAAUGUGCAACCACCUGCGUGACGGUCAGUGGGCCUUGGACUACAUCGUUGGCCGGCUCGAGAAACUUGCGCAGCGCGACAUCUACGCCAACCUUGCUGCUCCCGCGGAAUGGCUCAAGACACGCUUCGACGCGAUUCGCAAGGUCCCAAGCUUCCUACUACCGCGGUACUUCGCCUUGGUCAUUGGUACCGCGCAUCGUGCCGCCUUCGACCGCGGUAUCGAACAGAUGAGCCCCAACGUGCAGCACGGUCAACAAUUCCUCAAGAAGCUCGCCAUGGUGUCGUGCCAAAUGCUCGGCUAUGUAGAAAACGCCUCGCUUUGGCCGGACAAGCUUGUGCCGGCGCUCGCCGCGGGUCUGCCGCAUUUCGCUCAGGACUGGGCCCGUAACUGGGGCCGAGACACCAUGAUCGCCAUGCGCGGCUUGCUCAUCUGCACCGCACAGUAUGCGGACGCGAGAGAGCACCUGAUGUGCUUUGCCAGCGUGGUCAAGCAUGGCAUGAUCCCAAACCUGCUCGGCUCUGGCAAGAUCCCACGGUACAACAGCCGCGACUCGGUUUGGUUCUUCCUGCAAAACAUCCAGGAUUAUGUCACGCUAGUACCCCAGGGCGAGUCGAUCCUCAAGGAGCAGGUCAGGCGGCGCUUCCUACCAUACGACGACACAUGGUUCCCUUGGGACGAUCCGAGAGCAUACUCGAAGAGCAGCAGCAUCGAGGACGUCAUCCAGGAGUGUCUGCAGCGCCACGCCGCCGGCAUGCACUUCCGCGAGUAUAACGCCGGCCCAGCCAUUGACAGUCAGAUGAAGGAUGACGGUUUCAACAUUGACAUCGAGGUCGACUGGAGCUCCGGUAUCAUCUACGGCGGCAACGAGCACAACUGCGGCACGUGGAUGGACAAGAUGGGUGAGUCGACCAAAGCCGGCAACAAAGGCGAGCCGGGCACUUCCCGCGACGGCGCGCCAGUGGAGAUAACCGGUCUGCUGUACAGCGCGCUAGAGUGGGUCGACGGGCUCAAGAGCGCUGGACACUUCAAGUACGACGGCGUGACGAAGAGCGAUGGCCAGCUGAUCACGUACGGUGCGUGGGCGGCGAAGCUCAAGAGCAGCUUCGAGCAUGCAUACUACAUCCCCACCAACCCCGAUGAGUGGAAGGACUACGAUGUUAACCCGAAGAUCGUCAACCGCAAGGGUAUCUACAAGGAUGUCCACCGCGGCAAGAAAGAGUACAGGGAUUACCAGCUGCGGCCCAACUUCCCGAUCGCCAUGACUGUCGCUCCGGACCUCUUCAACCCCACUCAUGCUCUCGGUGCGCUCGAGGUCGCAGACAAGGCACUUCUUGGCCCGACCGGUAUGGCGACGCUUGACCCCAGCGACCUCGAAUACCAUCCGGACUACAUCAACAGCGACGAUAGCGACAACUUCCACACUGCGCACGGACGCAACUAUCAUCAAGGACCCGAGUGGCUGUGGCCUCGCGGCUUCUUCUUGCGCGCGCUGCUCAAGUUCGACCUGCAGCGCCGCCAGACACAUGAGGAGAAGGUCGAGGCGUUCCAACAAGUCACGCAGAGGUUGCUCGGCUGCAUGAAGAUGAUCCAUGAGAGCCCCUGGGCUGGGUUGACGGAGCUCACGAACAGGAAUGGGAGCUACUGCAAUGACUCGUGCCCGACUCAAGCGUGGUCCGCAGGGUGCAUAAUAGAUCUCUACGACGACGCGAGCAAGUACAGCAGCGAGUUCCUGCAUGAUGGUCAGUCCUCGCAGAAGGCAUGAUUGGGUCUCCGCGACCCGGGCACGACGUUACGAUGGAUGAGUGUACGUUUGCGUUGGGCCGAAACAUCAGCGGCAUAGAUUGGCGAAGGCAAGGCCCAUUGGGAGUUGUGGAUGGAGUAUCAUUUUGACGGUGUGG